AAAGACCUGACAAUGGCGGGAGACAGGACCACUCGAUCAGCUCCGAGUCAAGAAGAAGUUGCUCCAAUGGUCCAUUAGCAUGGUAAUCCCAAUGGGGGGGGGGUGCCCGACAGUCACCCUUCCUCCCUGGGACUGGCCUCUAAAGCUCCUCGGGGUCGACUGUCCUGAGAGUCCCCAAAAGGCAGAACUCUAAAGCAAAGUUACCACUGGACUGCUUGACGCUUUCUCGGUUGCUAGGAAACGCACCAGCCAGCUCCAGAGUGCGCCUCGGGUUUCACCUCUUCCUCCUCACGCCACCCGAACAGGAAAUAGAAAAGAAACGCGAGGCAAAGACGCGAGAGCUUGGUCUCACUUUAGCCAAUGGAAGAGAGGGGCGUGGUUAAGUGCCCCUUUUUCAUUGGUCCAGAACCUCCAGGCACGCCCAGUCCACCCUAGCGGAAGACAUACGCGUGAUCCCCUAGAUUCUCCGGUAGCUUUGAGUCUUGCUUCCUGAACGGCUGCCAUCAUGGUGCGGAAGCUGAAGUUCCACGAGCAGAAGCUACUGAAGCAGGUGGAUUUCCUAAACUGGGAAGUUACCGACCACAACCUCCACGAACUGCGUGUGCUGCGGCGCUACCGGCUGCAGCGGCGCGAGGACUACACGAAAUACAACCAGCUGAGCCGGGCGGUGCGCGAGCUGGCGCGGCGACUGCGCGACCUGCCCGAGCGCGACCCAUUCCGCGUGCGCGCCUCCGCCGCGCUGCUGAACAAGCUCUAUGCGCUGGGCCUGGUGCCCACGCGCGGCUCUCUGGAGCUCUGCGAUUUCGUCACAGCCUCGUCCUUUUGCCGCCGCCGCCUGCCCACCGUUCUCCUCAAGCUGCGCAUGGCGCAGCAUCUCCAGGCUGCUGUGGCCUUUGUGGAGCAAGGCCACGUGCGCGUGGGCCCGGACGUGGUGACAGACCCCGCCUUCCUUGUUACACGCAGCAUGGAGGACUUUGUCACCUGGGUCGACUCUUCUAAAAUCAAGCGACACGUGCUGGAGUAUAAUGAGGAGCGCGAUGACUUUGAUCUGGAUGCCUAGUAAGGUCUCGCUAUCACCCCAGGUGUCUCAUCAGGAUGGGAAACAGGCCAGACGCUGGCGCUCUGAGGGUGUUGUGGACAGGUGUGUCAUCCAGUUGAGGAUUCUCGAGAACUUGGCUCCUCAACUCCAGGUCGCAGAGCCAAGGUGGGGAGAGUCGCUCCUGUUCUCCGAGAACUGAGUACUAGUAACUAAAUGAUGGUGCAUUUAGACAGUGGAAGCCGUUUUAUGCUACUCUGGGGAUUGUCAGCCUUUGGUAACAAGACGUUCUGGUGUAAAAGCAAGAAUGUUACUCUUAUUUCCGUUACCGUCUUGUAGCAGGACUGAGUUCUUCAAUUCAUUUAACUCAAAUACUUGGCUCCUGAUCGUGAGUAACCUGUGAUCGAUGGAAAGUUUGAGCCCAAGUUUUCAUUCCAGUGGUUGUGACUUUGGUGUUGAGGGUUCCGCGAUUUAAAGAAAAUCGCACUUAAAGGAAACCUUUUCAGAUACUAAUAAAUGGCCCAUCUGCUUUGUAAAUGCCAA